AGGCUUCAGCCCACUGUCAGUGUCACCUGUCACCCCAACAAAAAUUCAAAAACGCAAUAAAAAUAAUGCAUUACGAGGUAAAAUAAGCCCCAAAAUGAGUGCUAUACUUAAAUUCAUCCGUGAAAACCACAUACUAGCCAUAAUCGAACAGGCAAUCGCGAAAAAGAAGUCGCGAUUAAGUUUAAACGCGUUCGAAAUGGUCGAAAUACCGAGUAUGCUGUUCGAAUGUCUGGACCUAGAACACCUUUACUUGCAUAAAAAUAAAAUAACAAUUAUUCCGGUGGAGUUAACGGAAUUGACAAACUUGACUACACUCACUUUAGAUUACAACAACAUAACCGCUUUACCGCCUGAAAUACGAAAUCUUAAAAACCUUGUGAAUCUAAACCUUAGUUACAAUCCGCUAGAGGUUUUGAUACCUGAGAUUGGCGAGUUGGAAAACCUCGAGGCGUUCUGGUGUAACAGGAUAGGGUUAAAGGAGAUCCCGAAGGAGAUCGGCAAUUUGGACAAGCUGGAUACGUUUGGCGCGCGGGGCAAUGAACUGAAAACCAUUCCUGAAGAAAUGACGGGGCUCACGAAAUUGAGGUGGCUGACUCUGGAGAACAACAAAAUAGAGACUCUGCCAGAGUCUAUGGACAAGAUGGAAGCCCUGGUCCACUGCAACCUGAGGAACAACAAGCUCCAGGAGUUCCCUGCAUCAUUGCUCAACUGCUCUGAGCUCAUGUACUUGCAGCUUAACAGCAACUUGAUUACAGCCCUGCCCGAAGAUUUUGAAACCAUCGUUUCAUCAUCGAUGGAAAUGAUUGACCUGAGACUGAAUCCGAUAUGCGAAUCCCACUAUACGGAGCAUCCGCUGGUGCGCUACACGGAGGACAUGCCGCUGCCGGAGGUGACCAUCACGGACCUGUCGACCACGCCGUCCAGCAGCUCGAGGCACGGCGCGCAGGCGCUCGCCAUCAACGCCACCGCGCUGCGCCUGCCCGCGGUGCCGGCCGCCAGGAACCCCGACCCGCUCGUCAUCGAGAUGGAUUUAGACACUUCGUCGGUGGAAUCGUCCGAAGACUGGGAGAACAGCGUGGACAGUUCGGAGUUAGAUGUGCAGUAUCAAAGCGAUGACGAACGUGUCGACAAUGAGAUCGCUCAAUUCUUCCAGGCGGUUGGCAUGGUGUUGCCAGAACUAUCCCGGUACGCGUCCACAGCCAGUUGAACAUCCCACUGGCAAAUCAGGAAACAUGGGAGUAAUGACGUCAUUAUUUAUUCUUUAUCCCGGAAACAGCAGCUGAUUUUUUUUAUUACACUCUAAGUUUAAGAGUUGCCAGUAAUCCUUGGGAUAUUAAUAUUUAAACAUUUCUGCCAAAUAUUAAUGUCUAAAUACACAAUUUUUGAAAUUUUCUAAAUACUUGUACUACUGUAGUUUAAUAUACUAUGUCUGAUUAUUCUAUUGUAAGCUAGCAUAUUGACACUAUGUAAUUCCUGUAUCGUUCAAUAGAAUAUGGAUUUUUGUCUGUGGUUCAUAAGAGACUUUAAGCACCACAGCAAAUACUUUGUGGAUUAUUCCUUUUGGGGUAUAUAUAAUCGUGGACCUAUUUAUUAUAUCUGUAGUGUAUACGAAUAUGUAACUAUAUAUGACAUUUUUCUUAUUGAAAUGUGCAUUUUUUGACACUAAAAUAUUUUUUUUAUUAUUUAAACUUUGAACAUUAUGAGUUUUUAAUUAUCAGACUCAGUGGUAUUUUGUAUAUUUUGGUGUUAAAAUAACUUAGUUUGUCAAUAUUAAAAUUUUGUAAUAAUAUUGUCGUGCGGAUUUGCAUUAACUGAACAAAACAAAAUCCAAAAAUCUUGGGUGAGUAGAAUUUUAACUUAAAAUAAAUUUUAUUAUAAAUAUUUAAUUCUAUGCUCAGGGUCGGCCUCAGACAAAUACCAGGGCCCAAGGCCUCCCUGCUUAUUGAAGAGACUAAAAGCGUCUUGGCAAUGGAACUGCCAUGAAUUUAAAAAACUAAAAAAAAACUUAUGCGAAAUCUAUCUAAAGGCAGUCUGCUUAUUAAAUUUUCAUAUUAAUGAAAAAAUAACAUUUAAAAUUGCCAAACUUAAAGUAUUAAAUCAAUCGUGCUAUUGAUCAGGGUAAUUUUGAUUGGGCAUGCAUGUCUUUUUGGCAAGCGAAUUGAAAGUAGAAAAAAAGAAACGCGCCUAAAUCAUUUUGGACGGAAUAAAUUUAAUUAAAAAUGUAAAGUGUUUAUGCUUAUAAAUGACAUUACUAUAGUGGUUUGGUUUUUUUGUAAUCCUGAAAUAUGGUUUGGAUUGAAUGUAAAGGCAAAUUUUCUUUAAAAAAGAAACUAUUUGUAUUUAAUUAAGUGAUUGAAAUCUCGAAUUUUAUAUUCAGUAAAAUUUCAAACGUGUAAAAUAUUUUUUCCUGUGUAUAUUUAAGUAGAUAUUGUGAUCAUUUUCAAAAUAUAACUACUAUUUUUUAACAUCUACAUUUUUUUAUAUCUUAAAAUAAUUUUUGCAAGUCUCAACAGGGACGUACUCAGAUUCAUGUAUAGGGGAACAUAACAUGAACUGAAGUUUUGUAGGGCAAAAUAUACUUGGCAAUUUAUUAUGUAUAGGUGAACAGCAUUUUACCUCGCUCCGCUUUAUUCGGUAAGGUUAGUGUCAGUAGACAAGUACCAAUGAAUUAAAUAUGUAUGUCCAAAUUAACUUAUAAUAUAUACAUUUUUUAAUUAAUAUUACUGAACAUUAUUCGAAUAUUUUCAUGUUAAUGAGCCACAAUGUAUUCACUCUACAUAAUCUCUAUGGAAAUUCAAGUCUUGUAUAAUUAAAGGCUAUGAUUGUAUUGUAUCGAAUACUAGAAAAUAGCGCUACUUAAGACGUAUAGAAAAAUCUAUUCUAAAAAAUAUUGGAGCAUUUUAUGUGUACCUUCAGACCAGUAAACAACUAUUUGUAUUGUUUUUGGAUAUUAUAUCGAAUAAACGCGCACAAUUUUUGAGAUUAAUCAUUCUCGGAUGGAAUAUCACGGGGGUCAUUCUUUGGCCCCUGCCCCAUCUCCAAAUACGCGCCUGUUUGGAAAAAGAACUAAUUUGCAAAUGUGAUAUCACGUGUUGGUGUGUGUGUAUUUUUUUAUAUAUUGAAUAUCGUGAUAUUAUGGGUAAAAAUAAUUUCUUUUGUAAUGUAUGUAUAAGCUUUAAUAUUUCGAUGAUUUUAAUGCCCAUAAUGUAAUAUCAUUUAGCUUAAAAGACACUAAUUUAAAUAUUUCCUAUGUACGGAAGGUAUUCUUCGGUAGAAAAUGUGGACAUUUUUGUAUAUCUCAAAGCAAGGUUUUCUUGCAUUACAAGCUAUCUGUCCUCCUUAUAUGGGGAUUACUUAUUGUAUGGUAGACAUGGACGGUUUAAUAUCAUUAUUGUAAGGGUAUGUAACACGAUAUAUCAAAAUAAAAAUAUCUGUUUGGA